AGGUCCCGUUCCAGCUGUUGUGCAUUCCUGUGCGCUACACGGCCAGCCUCUCAGUGUGUAUGUGUAUGUAUGUAUAUUUUGUUUGUGGGUGAGGACGGCGCAUCAAGUCUCUCCUGAAGAACCGCGAGUGCCGUUGAACUUCUCGGUCCAGCGGUGGAAUGCGCCGGUGAUGAGUCCUGGACAAGGUUUCAGAGGAAAGUGACAGCAGCAGAACCGCUUGGAUUUUUUAUUAAAGAGAAAGUUUGGGGACUUUUGUGUUUGUGUUGGAAUCUUCUCUCGUCAUGACCGAGCUUCUCAGCACCGUUUCAACAACGGACCCAGAGACACUCUGUCAGUCAGAGUCAGACCAGAUGAGUCCAGACGAGCCACAGUCUCCCUUGGACCUGAUAGACACAGGGAAAUGCCUGAAGGUCCAAACAGCCACACCACAUCUGGUCAGCCUGGGUAGUGGGAGACUGAGUGUGGCUAUCACCCUACUGCCCCUUAAAGAAGGAGUGACCCGUAUCGGGCGUGAGGACGCAGCGGUACCCCAAGACAUCACCAUCCAGGGUGUAGGUAUCGAGGCGGAACACUGCAUCAUCAUCAACACAUCAGGGGUCAUCAUCCUCGACCCUUGUGGGAACCUCUGCUCCUUGGACGGCGUCCCUGUGACAUCACCUGUCCCGCUAACACAAGGUUACUCUCUGUGUCUGGGUCAAUCCUACUUCUUCCGUUUCAACCAUCCAGAAGAGGCCAGCCGUAUGAAGAGCAUGCUGCCCCAGAAGAGCCCUGUCUCUCCUCUGGCCUACAGCACAGACUAUCUGAAGUUCAGUAGUGACUACAGCCAUGGGGUGGUGGGAGGGGCCGGCAGUGCAAGAGGGAUGCGUUCUGCCUCAGAGCUCCGUGAUUUGAUGGACACCUUACAACGAAAGAAGAUCGCCCUGGAGACCAGCCUGAGAGCCAAUGGGGACUCUAGCCCCUCCUACUUCAGUAUGACACAGUCUCCACCCACCACGCCUGUGACCUCACCCACCUCGAUGUCGUCAGCCUAUCAAGAGCAGGCUAGGCGUUUCUAUGGCUCUGAUCGCCCGCCCCUCUCAGUCAAAGCCGCGGUCCCUCCCUCCCCCUCUCGGCGCUCUGACCCCCCUUCCUCCCGAUCCUCCAUGACCCGGAACCAAUCCUACCAAUCACAAGACAGCCUGCUGGCCUCCGCUGGCGACGGGCGACGACAACUAAACCCAAACUCCUCCCCCCUGUUGUCGAUGUGGAACGGUGGAGGUUCCUCUAACUCAGUGGCCGGUGGUGAGAGCCUCUCCUCUCCUCCUCCACGCUCAUCCCUCUCUCCAACCAGUGGAGCAGCCAGCGUGCCCUCCAGCCCCCGCCUGGGACGCCGAAGUCACGGCAACCAUGAGCCGACACCUAGCAACCGAACCAGGAAGUACUCUGCAGGGUCGAUAGGCGGCAUGAUAGGAAGUCACAGCCUCUCUCUGCCCCGCCUCUGCCUGUCAUCGUCGCCACGUUCCCAUGAUAAUGGAUCCUUGGUGCUCUCUACCCUCCCCCCGACCUCGCGGCGCUCUGAACCUCUACGUAACUCUUCUCACAACAAUAGCCAAAACCACACCACAAACAGUAACUACAACCAUAACCAAACCACUAACUUUACCUACAGCCAGGCCCAAAACAUGAACCACAAUGGGAACCAAGGUGAGGGGGUGGUAUCCAUCUCCCUCUCCUCCCCAAAGUCUCCCACCCAGGCCCCUCCAGACGUGACUGUCCCGUUCCGAUCAGGGGGCUCCUCCAGUCCCCGCGUGGCCAAGAAACUCAGCCUCACCUCCACCAGCUCCACAUCCAGCCUCCAGGAGCCAGAGUGGCCAGCCAGCUGUGGAGUCUCCCCUGGACCAGAGCUUUUUUUCGGGGAGAGGGAGCACAGAGGUGGCAGCCUGGAGCCUGGUCUAGGGUUAGGGGAACGGAGACAGUCUUUUGGGAAGGGUGGACUUGAACCGGGGUUCGGUCUGGGGGAGAGAAGACAGUCCUUUGGAAAGGGAGGGGUAGAACCUAGUUUGGGAUUUGGGGAACGGAGACAGUCUUUUGGGAAGGGAGGUUUAGAGCCAGGUUUAGGGUUAGGGGAACGAACGCAGUCAUUUGGGAAGGGAGGAGUGGGGCUGGGGGCGGGGGUGACCCCACCGGGGGGGUUCAGGGCGAGGAGUGGCAGUAUCAGCUCCCUGAGUGGGAAGGAAGAACUGACUGACUACCACCAUCGCCAGAGAGAUGAGAGACUACGAGAACAGGAGGUGGAGAGACUGGAACGCCAGCGGCUGGAAACCAUUCUGUCUCUGUGUUCAGAGCUGGGUCGAUCGGAGCAGGACAGGGAGAGGAGUGUUGGUUCUAGUGUCGAUACCGGUGCUGGUCUAGCCGACCUUCAGAUGAUCAACCGGGAACUAGAGAAACUCCAGGUCUCUGACGACGAUGAGUCAGAAUCCGUCUUCUCUGACUCAACUGUGAACGGAAAUGGGGCCGGUAGCGGCUCGGAGAACGGUUACUAUGGUAACGACGAGGAGCGUCCAGUCCGACAGCGACGGAGCAGCGGCCACCGGGACAACAUGGCAGAAUCGCCGGCCAUCAUCCUACGAAGCUCCGCCACCUCGCUCACCGCGCACCUGCCUAGGACUAAUAGGGCGCUGGUGGAGGAGGGCCAGCGGAGGCAGGAAGUGACCCGUGUGGAGGAGGAGAGGAUCCAGGUGCUGAACAACAUGGAGGAGCUGGAACAGAAGAUCAAAGAACUGGACAACCAGAUGGACGAGUCUCUCAGAGAGGUGGAGGUGGAGCGUGCCCUGGUGGAGGCAGAGCAGCAGGCGGAGCUAGCGGCCUUGCAGCAGGAGAGAGAUGCUCUGGAGACACUCAACACCAAGAUGUCUGACAUGGAACAACAGGCACAGAACCAGAAGACUCCGGCAUGUGUGUCGCUGCAGGCUGAGAGGGCUAGGGUAGAGCAGCUGUCUCAGAGUGUGUGUGAGCUGCGCUCCCAGCUCCACUGCUGUCCUGAGGCCAUGAAGGAGCCCCUACAGGAGCAGCUCACCAGGAACUCUGAGGUGCUGGAAGCUGAGACGAAGCGUUUUGAGGACCUGGAGUUUCAGCAGCUGGAGAGAGAGAGUCGUCAUGAUGAGGAGAAGGAGGAAAGCACACAACAACUCCUCAGAGAGAUAGCUGACUACCAACGGAGCACCGUCACACGCAAGGAGAGGCUGGUGGCGCUAAAUAAGCAGGCGGGACAGAUUUCCCAGCAGGCUCAGCGAGAGAAGGACAGCUUCCUGAAGGAGCGGACCAACCUGCAGAUGAUGGUGCAGAGGGAGAAAGAUAACCUUGCUUCUGUGGAAAAUAAGUAUGCUGACCUCACAGGUGGGCGGGGCUUCCCUCUCAGCCCUAUCAGUCUCAAGGAGCCACUUCUUCUCUCCCCCCUUUCCCCUCAUGGUAUGUUCCAGGGCUAUGUAACAGUCAGUGAGAUCAAUGAAAUGUACUCCCAGCUGGGGGGGAACCCUAGUCCCGCCCCUGCCCCUGUUCUGGCCAAUCCCUCCCCUGAUUCUGAGCCUAGUCCCCCCACUGACGACAGCGCCCCAAAACCAGCGGAGGACGAGCUCUGUCGCUCCUCCUCUCCUGUCGAUUGUCCUUCCUCCUUUUCUUCCCAUCCCCUAUUGCCCCGCCGCCCCCCUCUCACCAAAACCCCCUCGGUUCAUUGGCCGGAGGACAUGGUGACGUAUCGUGACCCCUCUCCCCUCCCUGACUCUCCUCCUCCUCCUCUGCCUGUCAAAAAACACAGCCACAACAGGCAGGUAAAGGCUGUGUGUUUAUAUCCUGUGCUGUUGUGUGUUUGUGUCCUGUGCUGGUGUGUGUGUGUGUGUGUGUGUGUGUGUGAUUCUGACUAUUGUGUGUGUGUUCAGCACUUCCGUUCACUGGAGGAGAGAAAGAGGUUAGUGAAAGAAGGUGGGGCCCACAUGAGUGACACAUUACCCAGGAAGAAGACCACGUCCAUCGUAACCCCUCAGUUCAACUGUGCUACACUAGGACGCAGCAUGCCUAACAAGUCCCAUCAGCCCCUGGUCCAGAGUUCUAGCUGUGGCAGUAUUUUACCCCGGGCCAUGUCUGUCUCCUCCAAUAGAGACACAGAUAAACGGCGCCUGCACAAGGGUCAGCCGAGCUCUCGCGCCGCCUCCCAGUCCAACGUGUACCUGGACACCUACGGUCACUGUGAUAACGGCCAGGCAUACGACACCAUGAGCGUGGACAGCUCUGACUCAAUGGAGACCAGCAUCUCUGCCUGCUCCCCGGACAACAUCUCCUGUGCCAGUACGUCUAACGUGACCAAACUGGAGGAAAUGGAGCGUCUGCUGAGACAGGCUCAGGCAGAGAAGAAUCGCCUCAUAGAACACAAGGAGCAAGAGAUGGAGUCACGCAAACAGGCUCUGGAGGAGGAGAGGAGGAGGAGGGAGGAUCUGGAGAAACGACUGCAGGAGGAGACCAACAGACGACAGAAACUCAUCGACAGGGAGGUGAAACUACGGGAGAAACAGAGAGCACAGUCCCGUCCUCUGACGCGCUACCUGCCAGUUCGAAAGGAUGACUUUGACCUAAAAGCCCAUAUAGAGUCAGCGGGCCACAGUGCUGACACCUGUUUCCACCUGUCCCUCACGGAGAAGACAUGCCGAGGAUUCCUGGUCAAGAUGGGGGGAAAGAUCAAGACCUGGAAGAAACGCUGGUUUGUCUUUGACCGCAACCGACGAACGCUCUCCUACUUCUCAGACAAGCAUGAGGCCAAGCUGAAAGGGGUCAUCUACUUCCAAGCAAUAGAGGAAGUUUACUAUGACCACUUAAAGAACGCACACAAGAGUCCUAACCCGUGUCUGACGUUCAGUGUGAAGACUCAUGACAGGGUCUAUUACAUGGUGGCCCCCUCUCCUGAGGCCAUGAGGAUCUGGAUGGAUGUCAUUGUCACUGGGGCCGAGGGAUACACUCAGUUCAUGGUGUAGAAGGAGCGAUAUGGUCAUGGCGGAGGGAUACACCCACUUUAUGGUGUAAAGAGGGGUGCUUCGGAGUGGAAGGAUACAGCCAGCGUGUGGUGACGACGACAGGACUAGCUCCUCUCUUUUCUCUGACACAGAUGGACUGUUGUUUUUAUUUCUGUAUUUUAUUAUUAUAGAAAUGUCCAAGGACGUGUUAUCAACAGUGUGCCUUAACACUCACAGUAGCUCCGCUGGGAUUGGCCAGUGUUUUUAUGCAUAAUUCGUAAACAAGCAAACAGAACGGUCAUUUCAAUUCCAGGUUGUGUAGGGUCAAAAGAUCAGGCGGCAAGUUACAUCCCCAAAGACCUCAGGUCUCGUGUGUGUGUGUGUGUGUGUGUGUGUGUGUGUGUGUGUGUGUGUGUGUGUGUGUGUGUGUGUGUGUUUUUGCUACAUUGUGAUCACAUAACCCAGAGGUGCUAAUCUUUUUGUAUGAUGUCUUUUCUCAUGAGGCCAAUGUCCUCCAUUGCGUCUUCUAGUGUAGCCAAAGGUCAAGUCAUCUGUGGUAAAAUACAAUACCCAAGGUUGCUACUUGGAGAAUAGGUUGUCAUUGAGAUGCAGCCUUAUACAUGUCAGUGGUAGAAUAAAUACAGGAUCAUAUAGGUUAACCCUCACAGAUUAUAAUCAUGCUGGUCGAGCUUUCGCUGCGUAUUUUAUCGUUGACUAACCAGAUAGCUAUAUGGUAGCUGUGAGUUGUAUUUAUCAAAUGCCUUGUUUCAUGUUUAAUGGUGAGCAGCCUUGGCAUAUAGGCUUACUGUAUGUUAGUGCUCAGUCACGAUGCUUUUCCUUCCCACCAUCAUAUACAUCUAGUUAUUCCCUCUCAUCAGUAGAGGAUGACAGCUGAACAGUCUGAGGGACAGUGGAUGACCCCUAACCAUCCCAACUCAACCCUACCACCUUCUGCAGUGAGUGUAGAACUGAAAGGACAGAUGGAAGCAAAUCCAAUCCAUUUUUGUCACUUGCUUCAUAAACAACAGGUGGAGACUAACAGUGAAAUGCUUACUUAAAUGACUCAAUUCCACCCUGCCCAUUAUUUCUGCUGUAUCCUUUCAGACAUGAAGCAUCCGGGGUCGGGCUAGCCAGGCGUUUGAUUCAUUAUCGGGCAUUAAUGUGCUUUUUAACCAUUAUACAGUGGGGCAAAAAAGUAUUUAGUCAGCCACCAAUUGUGCAAGUUCUCCCACUUAAAAAGAUGAGGCCUGUAAUUUUCAUCAUAG